GACUAAUGUUUCGUGCCAAGCUCACGAAACAUGACGGCCUUCUCGUGCAAGUUCACCAUACUCGACUAUCGUCGCGCGUUUCAUCUUAUGUGCCCGCCUGGUUACAGGUUCUGCACUUCCGACAUCGACAACCUACACCACUACCCAGUUGGGUACCACCUCAUGCCCGUCCAAAUCCCACAUGACCAGUCUAGGCUGGUUUCCAUGAAU